GUAGGGCCACCUUUGUAAUUUGGCUUCAAAAGUAACGGAAUUCUGGAUACUGGGAUCAUCAAACGGUCCGUAGUAAUAUUCAUCUUUAUGCAAACAUUGCUUUUUUGCUCUCUCUUUUUAUAAAGUGAAAGAUAAAACUGAACUAUACUCUCUCAGAGAUGGAGAGGACAUUGCCUUGCAAUUCAUUUGCUCGCCUUCCACUGUUUGUCUUCGUUGCCUUUUUCUAUCCUUCUCCCCUUAGCUCUGUGUGCGUGUCUAGGAGCUGUUGCUAUACUCGAGUAAGCUCAAUAGAAGUCUCUGAACUUUGAUAUUGCUUUUCUUCAAUUUGAUAGAAAGAAUUAAUUGGUUUCUUUUGAAACCAUUUACUGUAAACCAGAGAGUUUAGCAUGGCUGCUGCUAAUAUGAGGUCUGUCUUUCUUUCUUUUAUGAUUCUUGUGUUUCUCACAUCUUCUCAUCCUGUUUCUUCACAUAAUUCAUCUCUCAAAAGGCAAGCUUCAAUCCUGGUUUCUCUCAAACAAGCUUUUGAGUCCUUCAGUCCUUCUCUAAAUAUCUGGAAUGAAUCGAACUACUUGUCCCUUUGUUCUUGGACAGGCGUCCUUUGUGACAGAAACAAUAGAUUAGUAGUUUCACUAGACAUAUCCUGUUCGAACAUCUCCGGCUCUCUGUCAUCUGUAAUCACAGAACUUGGAAGCCUUGUUAAUCUUUCGGUCGCUGGUAACAGUUUAUCAGGUUCUUUUCCCCCGGAUAUUCACAAGCUACAAAGACUUCAGCUCCUAAACAUAUCCAACAAUAUGUUCAGUGGAGACUUGAAGUGGGAGUUCUCUCCGUUGAAAGAGCUUGUGGUGCUAGAUGCUUAUGAUAACAAUUUCAAUGGCUCACUUCCUUUGGGUGUCACUCAACUUCCCAAACUGCAACACUUGGACUUUGGGGGGAACUUCUUUACUGGGAAAAUACCUCCGAGCUAUGGAGGUAUGAAGCAGCUCAAUUAUCUUUCACUUGCAGGGAAUUCAUUGGGCGGGUUCAUACCCAGUGAACUUGGCAAUCUUACUAAUCUCAAGCAGCUUCUUUUGGGCUAUUACAACGAAUUCGAUGGUGGGAUCCCACUAGAAAUGGGUAAGCUGAUCAAUCUGUUUCAUCUAGACCUUGCAAAUUGUAGCCUGGAAGGUCCAAUUCCUCCAGAGUUGGGCAACCUAAAAAACUUGGACACUGUUUUCAUGCAAGUAAAUCAGCUCAGCGGUUGGAUUCCUCCUCAACUCGGGAAUCUGAGUAACCUGAAAACUCUAGAUCUUUCAGAUAACGCGCUAACAGGAGCUAUCCCGGUUGAGUUCUCAGGCCUUCAUGAACUUACCCUCUUGAACCUAUUCAUCAACAAAUUUCAUGGUGAGAUCCCUCAUGCCAUUGCAGAGCUACCCAAAUUAGAAGUCCUAAAAAUGUGGCAGAAUAACUUCACUGGAGCCAUUCCUUCCAAGCUUGGGCAGAAUGGUAGGCUACUUGACCUCGAUUUGUCAACAAAUAAGCUCACUGGAUUGAUCCCUAAAUCUCUAUGCUUAGGAAGGAAGUUGAAGAUCUUGAUUUUACAACACAAUUUUCUGUUUGGACCUCUGCCUGAUGAUCUUGGCCAAUGUGACACACUCCAAAGAGUCCGAAUUGGGUAUAAUUAUUUAAGUGGGUCGAUACGAAGUGGUUUUCUUCACUUGCCUGAGCUAUCACUCAUGGAGUUAUAUAACAAUUAUCUUAGUGGGCCACUUCCUCAAGACACGAGCAAGGUACCCUCAAAACUCGUGCAGCUAAAUCUUUCAAAUAAUCGCUUAUCUGGACCUCUUCCUACUUCCAUUGGCAAUUUUCCCAGCUUGCAGAUUCUUCUACUAAACGGAAACCGAUUCACAGGAGAAAUUCCAUCCUCGAUAGGCCAGUUGAAAAACGUCCUAAAUUUGGAUCUGAGUAGAAACAACUUUUCAGGCAGAAUCCCUCCUGAUAUUGGAAAUUGCCUCUUGCUGACUUCCUUAGAUUUGAGCCAAAACCAGCUCUCAGGCCCAAUCCCAAUGCAAAUUGCAGAAAUUCACAUAUUGAAUUAUCUAAAUAUCUCAUGGAACCACCUGAACCAGAGUCUCCCCAAGGAACUUGGGUCCAUGAAGAGUUUGACUUCCGCGGAUUUCUCCUACAAUAACUUCUCUGGUCCAAUACCUGAAACUGGGCAAUAUUCAGUCUUCAACUCUACAUCUUUUGCUGGUAAUCCUGACCUUUGUGGUGCAUACUUGAGCCCCUGCAACUAUCUAUCAGGCUCACCAAUAGAAUCACAUUACCACAAUGGCAGCAUGUCUCAAGUCCCCGGAAGAUUUAAGCUUAUUUUUGCAUUGGGACUCUUAUUAUGCUCAUUGGUAUUUGCUCUUCUAGCAGUCAUAAAAGCCAGAAAGAUGAGGAGGAAUCCAAAUUCGUGGAAGCUCACAGCAUUCCAAAAGCUAGAAUUUGGAAGUGAAGACAUUCUAGAAUGCAUAAAGGACAACAAUAUUAUAGGAAGAGGUGGAGCUGGGAUUGUGUACAGGGGAAUUUUGCCAAACGGAGAGCAAGUAGCUGUGAAAAAGCUGUUGGGAAUAAGCAAAGGCUCUUCUCAUGAUAAUGGCCUCUCUGCAGAAGUGGGCACACUGGGUAAAAUCAGGCACAGGAAUAUUGUGCGGUUGCUGGCAUUUUGUUCAAAUAAAGAGAUCAAUUUGCUUGUGUAUGAGUACAUGCCAAAUGGAAGUCUAGGUCAAGUUCUGCAUGGCAAAAGAGGUGGGUAUCUCCAGUGGGAUACAAGGCUCAAAAUAGCCAUUGAAGCAGCAAAAGGCCUGUGCUACUUGCACCAUGAUUGUUCCCCGCUGAUAAUCCAUCGAGAUGUCAAGUCCAACAACAUUUUACUCAACUCCGAUUUCGAAGCUCAUGUUGCAGACUUUGGACUCGCCAAGUUCUUACAAGACACUGGAACAUCAGAGUGCAUGUCUGCAAUUGCCGGCUCUUAUGGCUAUAUAGCUCCAGAGUACGCAUACACAUUAAAAGUUGACGAAAAGAGUGAUGUCUACAGCUUCGGGGUGGUACUGCUAGAACUCUUAACAGGGAGAAGGCCAGUUGGCAAUUUUGGGGAAGAAGGAUUAGACAUUGUUCAAUGGACAAAGAUGCAAACCAACUCAUACAAAGGACGAGUGGGGAAAAUCUUAGACGAACGGUUGGGGAACAUUCCUCUAGAUGAAGCCAUGCAGGUGUUCUUCGUCUCAAUGCUAUGUGUUGAAGAGCAAAGCGUGGAGCGCCCCACCAUGAGAGAAGUUGUUCAAAUGCUUGCACAAGCUAAACAACCAAAUACAUUUCCAAUGCAAUGACCAUUCCCUCCCCCCCCAAAAAAAGAGUUUGCCAACGUAAUCUGUUGAUACAUACAAGUGAAGUUGCCCUUUUUUUUUUCAAAAAACUGGGGUUUUAAAAGCAUAUAUAUGGUCUGUCUUGUUGGUUGUUGUAGUUAGAUUUGUGGGAUGCUGUGGUCAAAAGAGUGCAAGAAAACAUGAAGGGUAUUGCAAAAGUGAUGUAUUAUUGUGUCAUCAUUUAGGUGGUAACACCAAAUGAUGUGAGGCUGCUUUUUCUUAAUUUAGAUUCUGUACUCAGAAAUUGAAGAAUGCUGGUGGAUGCAUACAUGCAUGCAUGCAUGCGAGCAGUCAGAACACAAUUUCUGAGGCCUGGCUUGUUACAACCAUCACAGUGGGUGGAAAUAUUGUAAAGAGAGUGUAUAUGUGAGCAGUCAGACCCUUGCUUUAUGUCU